CGGUAAACGAGGCGAUAAAACUGCCUAAUUAUCGUUAUGUAAUGCCAACGAAAGGACUGCGAUGCAGCGAAUCGCGGAACGGCGAGGACGCGUGACGACGAUCGCAUACCUCGGGAAUCGAUCAUCGCGUCAUUGUUCCCUGGUGCUUCCUUUCCAGAGAGGUGUUGGUAAAACGAGCUUAAUUGGACGUUACGUUGGAAAUGUCGAACAUGUAAGUCCUACAAUAGGAGCAUGUUUCUUCAGCUGCAAUAUCCAUUUGGAAGAUGUGAGGAUAAAAUUGCAAGUAUGGGACACGGCUGGCCAAGAGAGAUUUCGCUCCAUGGCGCCGAUGUACUACAGAACUUGCAACGCAGCUCUGCUAGUGUUCGAUCUUACGCAGUACAAAACCUUUGACGCAAUCAAGAAUUGGGUGAAGGAGCUACAACAGAAUGUGGAGGAGACGCUGGUGCUAGCUUUGAUCGGCAACAAGUCUGAUCUGGUGCAAAAGCGUGAAGUCGACAGUGAGGAGGGUCGGAGGUACGCCACAACAAUUGGUGCUACAUAUCAUGAGAUUUCAGUGCUAUUUAACGAAGGUGUAGAGACUGUUUUCCUGUCGAUCGCUUUGGGUCUACAAAGAAUGGCAGAUAAAAACAAUAAGAACACUACUCUUAAGAUUUUCGACUCUAAUACCUUUUUUAGAAACGAAAAUGAAAUACUGCUCUCGCCCUCCAUCGAGGAGAGCCCGCAGAACACCAGUAUUGCACACGGCAUACACGAGAAGCCAUUUACCUGUUAUUGCUACACGAGAAUAGCCAUCGGAUCGAAAUUGCCGGACAUGGAUAUCUUCUCCAACGUUGCGGUCGGUAGCAUUUCGGAAUGCGAGGACGAGUGCUCGAAAAGGAGAAAUUCCUGUAACGCGUUCGCUUUCGGGAUUGGCAUGAAAGGUAACGGAACAUGUGCGCUGAGUGUAAAAAUGCCGAUGCCAGAAGAUCUACAAAGUCAUGCUGAUUAUGAUGUCUAUGUGAGAAGUCAACGUUCUCCACACUGCGAACCAGAUCGACUUUACAAAAUGGGAAGCGGUAAUAUCGGACAAAAUAGAAGAAACGAGACGAUGCCAACUACGACAUUCGGAAGCGGCCUUUUGGGCUCAACAAUGCCAAAUAUCUUGUCAUCUUCAAGAACUAUGGGAAAUAUAAUGCCUAACGUUAAUGACCCUUCAUAUCAACGAGGACAUACGCCUUCCUUCGACGAUGAGCGUCGCAUCACUGAUAUCGUUAGAAACAGAAAUCCGAUAUCACCUGCCAGCAAUCCUUUUGUAACUAAUAACGCAAAAGUCGACUACAAUAAUCUAUCAAUAUAUUCAAACCGAAAAUCAGCUUUCGGUCAACGAACGCACUCGGAUUCAAACAAUCGUCCUGAUUUUCAUGGAUCUUUUCAAAAUCCUUUCAAUGACGUUAAUCAUCUGAAUUUUGGAUCAGAUCUAGAUAAUGAUCUUCAUUCAUAUAAGUCUCUCUCCGUUCAUAACGGGCCUUUCGAAGUUUUUUCGAGACCCAUCUUUGUCUACGAUGGAGCCUCUAAAAAUAGAUCGCCAGUGGAUUUCGGAUUUUGGAACGCUCACGAUACAACGAAACACCGCGUUACAAAUCAUUUUGAUCAGCAUCGGCAUCAAGAAUUCCACAAUAACGUAUAUAAAAAUCCAGGGAUUAUCACAAAAUCGAAACAAAACGAAUUAGAUGCUGGAAAUUAUGAUUUCCGCAAAGUCUCUUCUCGUCCAACUGUCAGCGGCUUCAAUGAAGCAAGAAUCCCGAACAAAGGAUUCAAGGAUACUUUUGAAUUCUGGAAUCCAGAACUGAUGACGGUGUUUCGCGACUUCGGUACGAAGAUCACCGAAAAAUCAAACUCGUGCUACAGAAGAUUGCUGUCCGGCAAGAAAAGCUUGGAUCUGCACGUUAGACGUGCCAUCGAAUGUGAAAGACUCGAGGACUGCCAUCGCGCUUGCGACUAUGAGAAGCGAUUCACUUGCGAGGGCUUCAACUAUCGACGCAUUGGACAUGGAACGAGAGGGAUAUGCGAGAUGACAUCGGUACCUCAUUCUCGUAUGAAUUUUCAUCGGGACUUCAUAUCGGAUCCUCAAUGCGAUUAUUAUGAGAAAGAGCCGAAUUGCGUGAUAAACACGCCUGAGACGCGACCAUCCUGGUGGAAUCAACCAUCCAGACCUGGUCAAUCUUACGGUCCACCUUAUUAUCCUAAUGAAAGGCCAAGACCAUACGCUCCGGAUCGGCGACCUUUAAAUGAAGUGCCACGACCUCUGGAUUACGAUCGACGGCCCUUGCAGGAAAUUCCACGACCGUUCGAUUACGAUCGGCGUCCUUCAAACGAGAUUCCGCGGCCUUUGGAUCACAGACUUGCGGAACACGAUCGGCGACCACCCAUUAUUUACGGAUAUCCUCAUCACAGACUGUACGAUGAUACGUUUGGUCGAAGGAAUUAUCCCGAUUCAAUAAGGGGUGGAUAUCCAGCAAUGAGACCGGAAGAUCAAUUUAUUUAUAGUGUCCGAUUUCCGUCCAGACGACCAACCGGCAACGACUUUUAUAACAGAAAUCCAUGGACACGAUAUCCAAGUAGAAGAAUCGAUCACGACAUAGGCACGAACGAAAUCAGCUCGUAUUUGCCAGACUAUCGAAAGGAUCCAACUCGCGACUGGGGUUCUUACGGCUCUGUUUACGGUGGCUCUUACGGCUACGACACAAAUUACGUGGGAAACUUUGACAUACCGAAGUAUCAUCCAAAAUCUCAGCCUAAACCCUACGAUAACGACCAAUUCUACGGCGAGUUUUAUAAUUACGGCGGCGCAUUCGGAUAUGGUGACAAUUAUAUACCGGCCAACCAGGAUUCGCUUUACGGCGGAACCACAAGUACCGAGGAAUGCUCCGUCCGAGCUGGUGCGGGAUUCAGACUCAGUAGAGGAGUAGUGCGAAAAACGUAUCUGACGUCAAAUAUGGAUCAGUGCGAGAAUCUGUGCAUUAGCGAGAAGAGUUACGUCUGCAUGACUUUUAGCUACAGAUACAAUGUAGCACCCACGGACCCAACGGACAAUUGUCUUCUUAGCGAUGUUUCAUACAAAGAUCUGAAUUUUUACAUUGAUCUCGAACCUGAUCGUGAUUACGAUAUUUACGCCAUAAUCGUUAAUUCGAGAACAUGCAGCGCGAGGAGAGAACCAAGCUCGCAUCCUCCAGAUGAAUGUUUUUGGAGAGUCAGAAGUGGAUUUGGAAUGCCCGCGGACGUCGUUAGAAAAUCGCUAAUAGUCAACGAUCUAGGAGAGUGUCAAGCAGAAUGUAUGACAACGCACGAUUUUAUGUGUAGAAGUUUCACGUUCAAGUAUGGAUUGGAACAUGGACGAUCGGAUAUUCUAACUAAUUGUUACCUAAGUGAUUGGCCAUCGCAAGAUAUCAACCCUACUCACAUGCCGGAUAUGGACGGAGCAGAAGUAUACGAAAGAGGCAGUUUCGGCAGAGGAUGCGAACCUUAUGCUGUACCGUUUUUCAAUAUGGAACGGUACAAUGGCAAACAAACGCAAGGAGACGAAGUAUGCUAUUCUGGAUACGACAAACCGUGCAAAUUGACACCUUAUGCUGUGCUCUUGGCAAUAUAUGUGAAUUCGGAACAAGACUGUCGACAAAAGUGCUCAAAAAUGAGAGAAACUGAUUCCGUUCCUUGCUUGUCUUACAGUUACAAGCUCACUACGCAUGGCACAGAAGAAAAUUGUUUGCUCAGCGAUGUACCUAUAAGGGACUUGCGACCGGGUCUAGACUAUACCUACGACAAUGAUCAUGUUCUUUACACAUGGAAAGAUCUCGAUCCUUACUGUGUGGUCACCAGUUAUUCGCCGGACGAUGCUCACGGGCAUGGUGGACCAAAUCCGCCGAAACCAGUGCUUUCAGAUCAAUCGCGACCUGAUUUUAAUCUCGGAAGAUAUCCAAGUCUAAGACCCGAUGAUAUUUAUAUCGAUCCAAGACCUUUCUUUAUGAAACCAGGCAGUCAUGGUGUGAGACCGUUCGAUCCUGAUAACCCUGAUCCUGUCAGACCGUAUCCUUCUGGUAGUUAUGGAUACGGUGGUGACAAAUACGGAAUUUAUCUCGGUGGAUUCGGAUCUCUUUACCCGGAUGAAUUCUCGACCUUCCGUUAUUACACGGUAAACGGUCAUCCGUGUAAAAGAGGUACAAAGUGCGAAAAAAAUAAACUCGCUGGAUUUUGGGCCUGCGAGACUGAAGAAGGCGGAUUCGACAGCUGGGACUAUUGUUGCGCACCGACUCAUCAUUGCGGCUUUUCGCAAGGAUAUCAUUAUCCAUGGUGCUACGUGGGAUUAUCAGAGGAUCAAUGGCGACCUUGUAGCGAGAAAUACUACCCCUAUCUACCGAGUCCACGUCCGUUCCGACCGAUGAUCGGUGGCGAAGAUCGCUACGAUCGUCCCGAUGAUCGUCAUCCAUAUGAUCCUAAUUACUAUGGCAGACACUGGCCGAUCACGUACCUGCACCGAGAACCACCACCAAAUUGCACAGACUCGCUCGCGUCCGCCGACAACAGUGGAAAUCGUCGUUUGAACGAAACAACCUCGACCACGAUCGAAACGCCGAGGAGCACUACCGCGAGAGUUAUAAAGAAUGAUGAAAACAAUACUAUGACUACAAUUAGAACGCGCCGGCGACGAUUACGAGUGCGCACGGCUAACGAUACGCGGAAUGAUCGUAACGCGAUUUUCUCGCAGAAAAUCAGUUCCCAGAUUAUCGCGAAUGAUGCAACGCGGACUCGCGAAAAUCAGACGAGCUGGGAUCGCGCCGGAAAAAUCGAGCGAGUUACGAGACCGACAAAUACUAAACCAUCGCUUAUUAUGCAAACUGUUACGUCGUUCGUGACAACGAACAACGUUGAUGACACACAAUUCGAAGGUGUGAAAAAUAGUGACGGAAUGAUUAAAGUGCCCCUGAUCGCGCCAAAUAGAUCACUGCCAGUAGUGGGAGCUUAACUAUCCAUAGUGAACGUAAAUGUGGUUCUGCCAUCAGAGAAGCGAUAAAUCAGAUAACUUGCACAUCCAAAAAUGGGAUAUGUGGUAUGUUCAUGUCCCAAUUUUGGACUUUAUGUUGUCUGAUUGAAUCACUUUCACACAAAUCUUUCACACAAAUUUAAAAAUUAAACAAGCCGUGAGAGACA